CCAAUACGCUACAUUUAUUUCCAUAUAGCGUAACCCUCCAUUUCUCUCUUUUCUCUCUCUCUCUCUCUCCCUGAACUGAGACUCUCUACUUUGGCUUUGAGAAGCAAAGAUGGGUGCUCUUGACGAUCUCUCAGAUUACCUUUCAGACUUGUUCACCUACGCCAGAAAAAAGAGAAAGCGUAAGCCAAUGCAGACUGUUGAGAUUAAAGUGAAAAUGGAUUGCGAUGGCUGUGAAAGAAGAGUUAAACAUGCUGUUUCCAACAUUAAAGGUGUGAAAUCAGUGGAGGUAAACAGAAAGCAAAGCCGAGUAGUAGUUAGUGGGUAUAUAGAGCCAAACAAGGUCCUAAAGAAAGUAAGGAGCACAGGAAAAAGAGCCGAGUUCUGGCCUUAUGUUCCAUACAAUUUAGUGGCAUAUCCUUAUGUUGCUCAAGCUUAUGAUAAGAAGGCACCAUCUGGUUAUGUUAAGAAUGUGUUUCAAGCACUUCCUAGCCCUAAUGCACCAGAUGAGAAGUAUACCACCAUGUUCAGUGAUGAGAAUCCACAUGCAUGUUCCAUUAUGUAGGCAAACUUUAAGGAAAAUAAUUUGUAUACAUUUUAUGUUUCAGCUUCAAUUAAAGUAGGAGUACCAGUUCAGCUCUAUAACUAGGUGUUUUUCAGUUGAGAAGUUUUGAGUCGUGCUUUUAUUUUGAACGUAGGAUUUGAAAUAGUACUUCUGAAUGUACGUUCUGAAGGAGAGAUAUAUUCUCAUUUUCUGUACUUAAAUAUAUGCUUAACUUCUCUUUGUUAUUGUUA